AUGUCGCAGCCCGUCAAGAGGUUUCCUGGCCAUUUGGCUCAAUUUGUGAGAUGCUACUCUGUUUCCGCUGAGACUAUUCCGGUGGUCAAGAAGAAGUACAUCCCGACUGAGGGCACAUAUCCCAAGGGCUUCCAGGCCUCUGGCAUCCUCGUGGGAGUGAAGCCGGGAAACAAGACGAAGCCCGAUCUCGCCCUACUCAGCUCAGACCGGCCCUGUGCUGCUGCUGCCGUCUUCACAAAGAACAAAUUCCAGGCGGCGCCUGUUACCUUCAGCCGGGAACUUUUGAAGAAGAAGGCAAACCGCGGCAUUCGCAGCGUCCUCAUCAACUCAGGAUGCGCCAAUGCCGUCACCGGAAAGGGAGGUCUCGAGGAUGCUUCUCUCAUGGCACACGCUGCCGACAAGGUUGUCGGGGGUGAGGGCGAUGCGUCAUCCACCAUUGUCAUGAGCACGGGAGUCAUUGGGCAGAGGCUCCCUAUUGCCAAGAUCGUCGACAACGUCCCCGCUGCACAAGAGGCUCUGGGCUCUUCUCACAAGCACUGGCUGAGCUUUGCUACCGCCAUCUGUACUACCGAUACGUUCCCGAAACUGAUGUCCAAGACCUUCACACUGCCCUCGUCACCGAACGUCGAAUAUCGCAUUGCUGGCACCACCAAAGGCGCUGGCAUGAUCCACCCCAACAUGGCCACGCUCCUUGGUGUCGUCGCUACCGACGCCCCCAUCUCACCUGCGGUUAUGCCCUCGGUUCUCAAGCAUGCUGUCGACCGAUCUUUCAAUAGCAUCACCAUUGAUGGAGAUACCUCGACCAACGACACUCUUGCUCUGCUCGCCAACGGCGCAGCCGGCGGCAAGGAGAUUACAUCCGAGGAUUCGCCUGAUUAUGCCGCCUUCAAGGACGUUCUUACUGAUUUCUCCAUCGACCUGGCCAAACUGAUUGUUCGCGACGGCGAAGGCGCCACUAAGUUCGUCACCAUCCGCGUUGUCGAGUCUGCCAGCGAGGAGGCUGCACGGAAGAUUGCCAGCACCAUUGCCAGAUCGCCUCUCGUCAAGACGGCACUGUACGGUAGGGACGCCAACUGGGGUCGCAUUCUGUGCGCAACUGGUUACUCCUUGGUGUCCGAGCCCGGCCAGGCUGUCAGCGAGGUCCCGGAGGUCGUCCCUGAGCAGACCAGCGUAUCUUUCGUGCCUACGGAUGGCACCUCUGAGCUGAAGCUGCUGGUCAACGGCGAGCCCGAGAUGGUUGAUGAGGCUAGAGCUUCCGAGAUUCUGGAGCUCGAGGACCUGGAGAUCCUUGUGAGGCUAGGCACUGGUGACAAGGAGGCCACGUACUGGACUUGCGACUACAGUCACGAGUAUAUUACGAUCAACGGUGACUACCGCACGUAA